AUGGAAUCUCCAGAAUCUAUUAAAAAGUACCUUCCAAGAAGGAAUCCAGUUUCCGAAGCGCCGAGCCCAAAUUUAGGAGCCUCUCCAACUACGAUGGAUGAUAUGCUGAUGUUUGUAAAGCUGAAGGCCAAAGCCAGUAUGGAACUGUUUGAAAAUGAAAAUGCUUAUGAUUUGACCCCUAGUGCACCGGCAGCGAAACCGCCACAAUCAAAGGUAAAACAUGAAGUCAACAAUAAUCUGCUGCCUCUUCUGGAACGCAAUUACAAUUACAUCCACUCCCAACAACUGCAGUGGCGCCCUCAACUUCUGCCCUUUAAUAAGGAUGAGCAUUAUCGCCUGCUUCUGAAUUCUCCAAGCAAAAACUACAAAGAUCGUAUGAACAACUUGAGAUCAUCCAAGACUUCGCCUGCAAAGGUUAGACUAAAGUCGAGCUCGGUAGAUCAAGAUAGAUAUCUCACAUUACAAACAGAAUUGGGGAACCUCAAGCAAGAAUGUGCCAAAAGGAAAAAAGACUUUGAGAAAAUGCAAAGCAAUUACGAGGAUAAACUACAAGUUUGUGAACAUGAGCUACAGCAAGAAAGAAAGCAAGUAUCUAAACUCCGAGGCGAGUUGAGUAGAAAGAGUUUGCAAGCAGAUGACUUGGAAUCGGAAAAGGAGAGCUUGGGAUUGCAAAACGAAAAGUUGAAACUCGAAAAAACGGCUUUGAGGGAGAGCAAGGAAAAGUUGGAGAAGAGCAAUCGGAAAUUGGAGGAAAACCGAUUAGAGUUGGUUGCUAAAUUAAUACAGUAUGUAGAAAGACUAGAGUAUUGCAAGAAGAAUCACAGCUCACGGAUAAAAGUGCCGGCAAAGAAGGGGAACAAGACCAAGGACGUCGUUGUAUCAAAACUAGAGAAAGAAGUGCCUAUUGCAGAGGAGAAAGAAGUACCUAUUGCAGAGAAGAAUGAAGAAGUAGUUGCGUCACCCCCCACUAGCUCUUCUAGCUCACCCAAGUCUCCCAGCUCCGCCAGCUUAUUUCAAAAGCAAUCUUUAUCUAAGUUGAUGAAUUUAAUGCAACUUGAGUCGCCGAAACUAGACGAUGACUUCAAAAAUCUAAUCAAAAUGCUUUUAGAGAACUUGAACUUGUAUUUGAGGAAAAACACUGGACAAGUUGAAGUAGUAGAGUAUAAGCACGAGUCUGGGCAAAAAGAUAAUGCUGAGAACCAAUCUCGAGAAGAAAGCACGAAAAAUGGAGAUAUUGAAUUGCAAGAAUACGUGAAGGAGAAACAAGAAACAAACAAAUCCAAAAAGAGCGUUUCGGCACUGACGCAAACUACUAGUACGCUGCCCAAAAUUCAAGUUGUGGUGAGUUUUUCUGGCCAAGAGGCGCAUCAUACACCUCACAAUUUUGAGUCUGACAAUACAAAUGCCAAAGAGGACGAAAGAGUUUCCGAAAAAUGCAUUGGACUGGCUUCGAUGAAAGUUAAAGGCUUGACCCCUCAAAUUGUUUGCGAAACGCUACUUCAGCCAAAUUUGUUAAAUCAGCAACAGCAUGUUGGCGCUAAUCAGAAUGUUGAUUCCAAAGACCCAAAUAAAAGCAGAAAAGACACAGAUUUUGGUGAAGAAGAGAGUUGUACCCCAAAAGCACUGCAUUUUACCAAAAAGCAAGAUUUUUCUAGUCAAACAACAGCACAUGGCGGGCCAUAUUUUGAAAAUUCUUCAAUCAUUGAAUCAAAGAAUAAACUCGAGAGGUUUCCUACCCAAUCAUUUACUUAUCAAACAACACGAACGUCUUCUCAAAAGGAACCCAAAUCUUUGCAAAAGGAACCCAAAUCCUUGCAAAAGGAACCCAAAUCCUUGCAAAAGGAAUCCAAAUCCUUGCAAAAGGAAUCCAAAUCCUUGCAAAAGGAAUCCAAAUCCUUGCAAAAGGAACUGUUGAGAAACCAAGAAGAAGUUUACUAUUUAGGAACAAAAGGCUGCUGCGACAAGGAAACCAAUGUACGAACAAACCUGACGAUCGCUAGCGGUAUACUUGAAACAGGGCAUGUAAAAAAGAAUGAAGGUGGCUCUGACAAAGGUAGAUUUGUAUUUGAAGAGAAAGCAGAUGUUAAAUUUUUUCCUAUAAAUGAUGACCAUGAGGACUUGAUACCUAAGAAAUGCACUGUGUGUUUUGAAAAAGAGGAAAAUACAGAUUCAAACUUUGGCAUUCAUUACCUACCGCAGUUCUCUUAA